GUCAGUCCCAGAUGAAAGUUUCAGAGGAGGAAGGAAGUUGCUGGGUGUUGCGACUUUGUCUGACUGGCUGCAUGAGCCAGAAGAGCUGUCCCUGGCCAGGGAAGGACAGCUGGACCCCCCUCCCUCUCCUCCCUGCUUUCCCCCACUAGGUACCCCCUUCCUUGGCAUGCAUGCUGAACACCCCCAGGAGGAGGCUGAGCAGGAGGAAGAGGAAGGCAGUGGCUGCGAGCCCGAAGGGGCUUUUCGGAAGGACCCCUUCCAGCUGACAGUGGAGGAUGUCUAUGACAUGUCUUAUGUCUUGGGGAGGGAGCUGCACAAGAUCAGCAGCGAGCCUCGGCUGGAGGUGCCGGCCAGGGUAGCGCAUCUGCAGUUCAAGGUGGUCGGUGUGCUGGAGAUGCUGGAAGCCUUGGUGAAUGACAGCAGCCUGGCGGUGGAAGCCCUGAAGAUGGAGAGGGACAACCUCAAAAGAGAAGUGGAGCAGCUCCGGGCACAGGAGUCCCACGGCUCCACACAAGAGGUCAGCCUCGGCCCCAACCAGAUGGUCAUAGACCUGGCGGACGCCAACCGGCCUCGCUUCACGCUGCAGGAACUGCGGGAGGUACUCCAGGAACGGAACCAGUUGAAGGCCCAGCUGAUGGUAGCACAAGAAGAGCUGCAGUUGUACAAAAGUGGCUACAUCUCCCAGAAGCAGAAUCCAGUCAAGCAGAACCACAAGGAACCCAUGGCGGGCACCACCUCUGGUUCAAGUAGAGGAAGUGAAGAGAAAACCACAAUAAAGCGCCUGUUUGCUUUUAAAAGACCAAGAUGAAGAGCUGCUGUGUUGUGACUCAAGAGGAAAAAAAAGUGUUAAAAGAAGAAAGCAUGUUUUUUUU